AUGUCACUCAUCAUGACCGAGAAAGAAAUUGUCACCAUUGACCUGGAAAAGGCCUCAGAAGAGGAACUCAUUGCUGUGAUUGCCAAGCUGGCCGACAUCCUGGAGGAGAAAAGAGAGGCGGCUGGUGUGUCCGAGAAAGACGCCGAGCGCGGGAAGAAGGGCUAUAAAGAGAAACGUCGCCAUCACUCGAAAAAGAAAUUCAGAAAAUUCGGGCGCGACUUUAGUCCUUUUGGCGGGCACGAGGAAUUUGGACCGUACGGAUUCCCACCAAUUCCUCCUCCUCCUCCUCCGGCACACCCAUUUGCUGAAGGUUCAUUUGGAAUGCACGGCCACCACCAUCCUCCACCUCCUCCAUACCACCCACACGCCUACUUUGGCUCUUACGGGUUUGGCUACGGCAGACCAUGGGGAAGAGGCAGAAGCAGGGCCCCCCACUUCAGACACGGCUAUCACACACGCUCGCCUCCUCCACCCCCACCUGCGUUCUGGCAUCGCCGUUACUCCUCCUCAGAUACUCCUGACUCCGGAUCGGAAACAGAAUAA